CCACGCAUGCGUAAAACCUUGUGGGAUGUCCAAAAUGGUGGCCUCCAUAGCACACAGAGUAGUUCACCGAGUUAUUUCUUCACAGAAGUCGAUUAUUUUGCACAGACCAGCGUUGUAUACUGCGAUUUCAAAGAGAUCAAAUAGUUAUGGAAACGUUCUCAAGGGUGACACAGUGCGCAUUGGUUGUGCAUCCGGAUUUUGGGGUGAUUCAAUGGUUGCAGCACCACAGUUAAUUCAUAUGGGGAAACUGGAUUAUUUGGUGUUUGACUACCUGUCAGAAAUUACGAUGUCACUACUAGCUGCUGUAAAGAAAAAAACAAAUGGCGCUGGAGGAUUUGCCCCUGAUUUUGUUCAGGUUGCCAUGGCACCACAUAUUAAAGAUAUCAAGAAAAAGGGUGUAAAAGUGAUAAGUAAUGCAGGAGGUGUGAACCCUGAAGCUUGUGCAGCAGCCCUGAAAGCUGUUUGUGAAGCAGCUGGUGUUGAUCUCAACAUUGCUGUGGUAACUGGAGAUGACCUCAUGUCACAGAUGCAAGAGUUGCUGAAUUCUGGUAUAACUGAAAUGAACAGUGGGAUAGCCAUGCCAAACACUAUAACCAGUAUGAAUGCUUAUCUCGGGGCAGGUGCUAUUUCACGAGCAUUGGAUCUUGGUGCAGAUAUUAUUGUGACAGGAAGAUGUGUAGAUAGUGCUCUAGUGUUAGCCCCUCUCCUUCAUAAGUUUAAGUGGAAUAUGGAGGAUUUUGAUAAUUUAGCAAAGGCAAGCUUGGCUGGCCACCUUGUAGAAUGUGGAGCACAGGUCACUGGUGGAAUAUUUACAGACUGGCAUAAAGUUAAAGGCUGGUCAAACAUAGGGUUUCCUAUAGUAGAAUGUGCCUCUGAUGGUGAUUUUGUUGUAACCAAACCUCCUAAAACAGGCGGACUUGUUUCCAAGGCAACAGUUGCUGAGCAACUACUAUAUGAACUUGGUGACCCCUCUAGGUACCAGCUACCAGAUGUUGUCUGUGAUUUUACUAAUGUCAGAAUAGAGGAAAUACAAGGACAGGAAGGUGAGGCAGUGUUUGUGUCAGGAGCAAAAGGUCUUCAACCUUCACCUCAUUAUAAGGUGAGUGCUACCUAUGCUGAAGGUUACAGGCUGACAGCUGUAUGUGGGGUCGGAGGCCCAAGGUCAAAAGACAAGGCUCUCAGAACAGCUGAAGAAAUUUUAAAAAGAUGUAGACAGAUAUUCAAGCAGCUGAAGCUGGAUGAUUUCACCAAAGUUCAUACAGAGAUUCUAGGUUCUGAACAUAAUUAUGGUCCUAUGACAAAUCUACCUCAGGGAUCACGCGAGUCGGUUCUCUGGCUCGCUGUUCAUCACAAGGAUAAGAAACCGUUGGAAAUACUGGCACGAGAAAUUGCGCCUGCUGGCACUGGAAUGGCACCUGGGCUAACUGGCAUUGUUGGAGGGAGACCUAAAGUAUCUCCAGUGCUGAAACUUUUUUCGUUCCUACAUGAUAAACAGAAUUAUAAGAUAGACAUAAAGAUGAAUGGUGAGCAUGUAGAAACAUUUAACCCAGUCACUGUACCAACAACAACCCAUGCUGACACCUGGUUUCCUAGCACAGGUAGUACAGGGUCAGCUCUACCUCGGGGAACCAACACUUACAGACUUGAGGACGUAGCCUACACCAGGAGUGGAGACAAGGGGAACAACUGUAACAUAGGUGUGAUUGCACGUGAGCCAGGACUACUACCCUACCUUAGAGAGGCCCUGACAGAGGAAGCUGUUGCUCAAUAUUUUAGUCACAUGUUUGAUAAUCCAGAUCAGAAACGUGUUCAGAGAUAUGAUGUGCCAGGAAUAAAUGGCUUUAACUUUGUAUUACAUAACUGUCUUGGGGGUGGAGGUAUAGCCUCUUUAAGGAGUGAUCCACAGGGUAAAGCAUACGGACAGAUGUUACUUGACUUCGAGUUGAAAGAUAUGCCAGACUUAGCUGAUUUAACAAGCUGAUUUACCUCCCUUUAUGGAUUAUAAAAGGGAUGUCUUCAGUAGCACUGUUAGUUCAGGGAUAAAUUUGGAGUUAUUAGUCUCCAAUCAAAAACAUUUACUAAUACAUGUUCGUAGAAGUGCUACAAUUGUCUUUGUUAUGUACAAUUUUAUUCCUGUAUUUAUGCUAAUAUCAUGUCAAAAUCAUAGUUUUGUAAAUUUUGUUUUGUAGCGAAUUAUAAAAUUCAAGUUUCAUUUUGGUCAUUCUUCCAUGAUUAGCAUUCAUCAUAGUUCAACAGAGAAUGGUCUCAGCAUACAUUAUCCUGUGAUAAUAGAAUGAUGUUAGGAUAGAAUAGCUUGGCAUAUUUCAAUUUAUUCUCUUAAUCUCAAAUUAAUGUUUGAAUUUAUAUACAAUGUUGCUUUAUUUAAUUUCAUUGGUCUCUACUGCCUAUAUUGCUGUAAUAUUUAGUGAUAAUGCAUUCAAAACUAGAAACUGUUUCUUAAGUGGUUGAACAAGUAAAUUUAAUGUUGAUGCUUUAAGAUUCUAGUACUGAUGUUGAAUUAAAUCUUAAAUUAGUUUUGAGUGUGUUAAAAAAGAUAGCUUUUUUAUCAAAAUAUAUAACAUUAUACAAGAGUAAGUCUCCACAUGGUCAAUUUGUUAUUUCAUUAGUAUAGAAAAAUGUUCAACUCUAAGCAUGAUGUUAUUUACACCAUUAUUUCAUGAUUUUUAUUCUAAUAUAUUAAACUGAUUAUGUUUUGUUGAUUCAUGUUA